AUGUCAAAGGUGGUAGCAGCCGAUCUGUAUAACGUGGAUGCGAGUGUAGCCACUAUCAAGGCUGCUACGGAGGGUAUGGAUGUAGGUAUUCUGGUGAACAAUGUUGGCGUUAGCUACGACUACCCCUGCCUAUUUCACGAUGUUUCGGACGAGCGAGUUGACCAACUCGUAAAGCUCAAUAUGGAAUCACUCACCAAGAUCACACGCGCUGUCCUGCCAGGCAUGGCCGAGCGCCGUCGCGGGGCUAUUGUGAACGUGUCUAGCGCCAGCGGCAUGAUGGCAACUCCACUGCUGACAGCUUAUUCAGCGUCCAAGGCAUACGUUGACUUCUUUAGCCGAGGUCUCAACACUGAGUACCAACACUUGGGCGUGCAGGUGCAGUCGCUGAUGCCGUUGUAUGUGACCAGUAAGCUGUCCAAGAUCAGGAAGCCUACGCUGUUUGUACCUACCCCGGAAGCCUUCUGCAAGAGUGCCGUGCGUAUGAUUGGCUACGAGAGGCGUACUACGGGCUACUGGAGCCACCAGCUUCAGGUUGGAGCAUUGGGUUUCUUGCCCGAGUCGAUCCAGGAAUCGCUGUUGCUGUACUUGAACCGUGGUAUCAACAAGGCUGCGCUUAAGAAGAUCGCCAAGAACAAAAAUCAGUAAAAUCUGAUAUAUGAUUCUGUAUCUACGAUAGUUGCUUCUUCAAUAAACAUAUUGGGCUGUAGCCUUUAAUGACAA